AUGUCAAUACCAUCAUCAAUAAAGGUAAUAGACGGUAUUGUUGAUCAAUAUCGUGAAGAAAUAUCGCAGCUCGACAUACCUGACUUUACAACGCCAUCAUCGUCAUAUAAAAAUCCUGCGGUGUCUCCAUAUGUUAAUGAAUUUAAAUUGAAUCGGAUCAUAAAUGAUAUACCCAGUAUCAAAUUGCAAUUAAAUAAAUAUAAAGGCAAUAAGACGUAUCAGGAUGUAUCAGAGAAGAUAUUACUGUUGCAGAGCUUGUUGGACGAAAAAUCGUAUAUCAAUGAUAAAUUGAUUCGUAUAUGGGUCUCGAGCAAUACAGUUACGGGUUUGACAGAUAAUGCUAACGAAACAGCUGAGGACAAAACCACAUAUGACGAAGCUAUAGAAUUGAAUGAUGAUGAAGAGAAUCUUGUUUCAUUGCGGAAGAGAUUACUUUCAGGCGGUACUCAUACGUCUUUAGAUGAUACUACAAAUAACAAGCCCUCGAUAGAUAAAGCGAAUAACUACCACGAAUCAAUUCAAGAAGACAUUUUGAGUGAAUUGACGGGCUUUGCAGCAAGCUUAAAACAGUCCGCUGUUACAUUAUCUUCGAAACUUUUAGAUGAUAACAUCAUCUUAAAUAAAACAGGUGAUAAUUUAAUGAAAAAUGAAACUCUAAUGAAGAGUGUCGGGAACAAUUUAAACAAUUACGUUACUAAUAAAUCAGGGGGAAAGAUAAGCUUUUGGUUUUUGUUGAAAAUAUUGCUAGCUUCUUUUGUAUUAUUCUUUGCGAUGGUUGUGUUAAUUAAAAUAUUUCCGAAGAUGUAA